AUGGGCUCUACAUCACCUCCCGUUCGCUCGGCGUGUCUUGCCCGCGACACCAACGAAACUAAAAUCGCUUUAGCAAUCAACUUAGAUGGCGGUGACUUUCCUAGCGAUACCGACAAACGACUACUAAGUGGAAAUGAGGGCCAUGCUUCGCAAGCCAGCAAGAGUCAAACGAUUUCAAUAAAUUCAGGAAUUGGAUUCUUAGAUCAUAUGCUACAUGCGCUCGCGAAACAUGCUGGUUGGAGUUUGAGUCUGAUCUGCAAAGGAGACUUGCACAUUGAUGACCACCACACUGCCGAAGAUGUGUGUAUAGCCUUAGGUGGUGCAUUUAAAGAUGCACUUGGUGUUCCAACUGGCCUGGCAAGAUUUGGAUCCGCAUAUGCUCCAUUGGACGAUGCUCUCUCGCGUGCAGUCGUAGAUCUCUCGAAUCGGCCGUUCAGCGUUAUAGAUUUGGGAUUGAAGAGGGAGAAGAUUGGAGAUUUGAGCUGUGAGAUGAUACCGCAUUGUUUGCAGAGCUUUGCGCAAGCCGCGAGAGUCACAAUGCAUGUUGAUUGCUUAAGAGGGGAUAACGAUCAUCACAGAGCGGAGAGUGCUUUUAAAGCGCUGGCGGUGGCUAUUAGACAGGCGACGACUAGGGUCGCUGGGAGGGAAGGCGAGGUACCUAGUACGAAGGGGACUUUGAGUACUUAA